UGUUCCAGCAGUGGAAUCCCCCGAGGGGAGCUGCCCCAGCCUAGCUGCUGCACAGUCUGUCGGUUCGAACUUCGCUACUAGAACCUUUCCAUUCUAACAUCCCACGGUCGCUAAUACAUAGCUGGUCACACCCCAGUCCCUCAUUUUGUGUGGGGAUUGGUAUCCUUGCGAUGUGCGAACAUGAAGCGAGUACGUGCAGAACAGAUUCAGUUGGCUGUAACGUGCUACCUCAAGAGGCGUCACUAUAUAGAUAUCGAAGGGUCCCUGAAACAAGGAUUGAGACUUUGCCAGACUGCCGAGGAGAUGGCAGCUAAUCUGACAGUCCAAGCAGAAUCCAGCUGUACCAAUGCAGUGUCUUCAGUUCCCUGCAGUCCUGAUGCACAUCAGUAUGAAGUGCAGUUUGCAAGGCUAAGGAAUUUCCUUUCAGAUGCAGAUUCCCCUCAUAGCCAAGAGGUUACAACACUGCUUUAUCCUUUGUUUGUGUACCUCCAUUUGGACAUGGUCCAAAACAGCCUGAAAAGUGCAGUGGAUAGCUUCUACAGUCGCUUUCAUGGGAUGUUCAUGCAACACCCUGGUCAGCGGGACAUUGUUGAGCAACUCCAAACCACCAUGACAAUGCAAGAUAUCCACUCCAAUUGCAAACUGCGAGCCUUUCUUGAUAACAAAUAUGUGGUCUGCCUUCAGGAGGACAGCUACCACUACCUUUUACGCUUCCUCCAAAGUGAUAACAACACUGCUUUGUGUAAGGCGCUUGCUCUUCACAUUCAAUUAGAUGUACAGCCAGUAAAGCGGACAGAGUAUCAGCUGUACAACAGCAUGGGUUCAUCCUCUCGAGGAGAGAACAACAGCCUUGACCAAUCCGAUGUGCCGACUCCAAUUCUGCAGAAUGAGGCAGCUCUAGAUCAGUUGCAAGACUGCAUAAAGAAAGUAAAAGAUGGUCCACCAUCACUCACAACUAUCAGCUUUUAUGCUUUCUACAACACCGAGCAGCUUCUAAAUACUGCUGAAAUUUCUCCAGAUAGCAGACUACUAGCUGCUGGUUUUGACAGUUCCUGUGUGAAAUUAUGGAGCUUAAAGUCUAAAAAGCUGAAAGCUGAACCACACAGAGUAGAUGUGUCCCGUAUACGGCUUGCAUGUGAUGUCUUGGAAGAGGAGGAAGAUGAACAAGCUGGCACAGAAAUGAAGAUACUUAGAGGACACAGUGGACCAGUGUAUAGAACCUGUUUUCUGUCAGACAGUUCAGGCCUUUUAUCCUGCUCAGAGGAUACAUCCAUACGAUACUGGAAUCUUGAAAACUUUACCAACACUGUGUUGUAUCAGGGUCAUGCACAUCCAGUUUGGGAUUUGGAUGUAAGUCCUUGCAGUCUGUUUUUUGCCAGCGCAUCUCAUGACCGCACUGGUAGACUCUGGUGUUUUGACCGAACAUUUCCACUGAGGAUAUAUGCUGGCCACCUGUCCGAUGUUGAUUGCAUAAAGUUCCACCCCAAUUCCAAUUACCUUGCCACAGGAUCCACUGACAAAACUGUGCGACUGUGGAGCACUCAGCAGGGAAAUUCCGUAAGACUUUUCACAGGACAUCGAGGUCCAGUUCUAGCUCUUGCUUUUUCGCCGAAUGGGAAGUAUCUGGCCUCCGCAGGUGAAGAUCAGCGUCUGAAGUUAUGGGACUUGGCAUCUGGCACACUAUAUAAGGAGCUCCGAGGACAUACAGACAAUAUAAGCAGUUUAACAUUCAGUCCAGACAGCAGCUUGAUAGCUUCAGCAUCCAUGGACAAUUCUGUUCGUGUUUGGGAUAUUCGAAAUUCCUACUGUAACACCCCCUCAGAUGGUUCUUCUAGUGAGCUAGUUGGUGUUUAUACUGGGCAAACAAGCAACAUUUUGAGUGUGCAGUUUAUGGCAUGUAACCUACUAAUGGUUACAGGGAUUGCCCAUGAGAAUCAAGAACAUUAAUCAUAGUUUGUUUGAGUAUGAAAAAUUAAAGAUGACUUAAGAUGAUGUAUAUUUGCAAGAGGUAAAUAUAUUUUGAAAGCA